GGGCGAACAAGGCAAGGCAGCUUCGAUCAUUGCUGAAUGGGGCCGGGCUUGGUUGUUGCGUCUCCUUCGACGCAGCUGACCCGCCAAAACAACCACACAGCCGACCGACCGCCAGUGUCUGCCAGCGCAGCACGACCAUCGCGAUCGGGCACAAAGAAGGCACACUUCAUCUGUGAGCGCUUCUCUGAUUUACAUUCAAGGGAUUCGAAGCCUUCCUGAACAGUGUGCCUGUUGCGUGCGACCACCUAAGGACCGCUUCCCGCCGCCCUCCGUCCUCCGAAUCACGAAACACCACCAACCUGCAUUCGAACCCGACGACUCCUCAAAGCUGCCCAGGCAACCAACCGACCACGACGCUGGGUCCGUCGGUGUACCCAUAUAAGCGGCAAUGGGCAUCUGCAGCUCCUCGUGCUGUGGAGGCAAAUCCCGCGAUGCCCUCUACGAGAAUGUGCUCGCCGAGAACGAGCGAGAGGCCGUUGCCGACCUGCUACAAUACCUUGAAAAUCGCGCCGAAACUGAUUUCUUCUCGGGCGAACCCCUCCGAGCUCUGAGCACCCUUGUCUAUUCGGAUAACAUCGAUCUUCAACGGAGCGCAAGUCUAACCUUCGCUGAGAUCACCGAGCGAGAUGUCCGGGCUGUUGACCGGGACACCCUCGGGCCCAUCCUCUUUCUCCUCGAGAAUUCUGAUAUUGAAGUGCAACGGGCCGCCAGUGCCGCGCUGGGCAACCUUGCCGUUAACACCGACAACAAGGUCCUGAUCGUCCAACUCGGCGGGCUGCAACCUCUCAUCAAGCAAAUGAUGUCGCCGAAUGUCGAGGUCCAGUGCAAUGCUGUCGGUUGUAUCACCAACCUCGCUACGCACGAGGAGAACAAGGCCAAGAUCGCAAGAUCUGGCGCUCUUGGCCCCCUGACUAGGCUGGCAAAAUCCAAGGAUAUGAGAGUACAGAGGAAUGCCACUGGCGCGCUUCUCAACAUGACACAUUCUGAUGAGAACCGCCAGCAGCUCGUCAAUGCCGGUGCUAUCCCUGUACUUGUCCAGCUCUUGUCAUCCUCGGAUGUUGAUGUGCAAUAUUAUUGCACGACGGCCCUGAGCAAUAUCGCUGUCGAUGCCAACAAUAGGCGGAAGCUCGCCGAGACCGAACAGCGACUCGUCCAGUACCUCGUUAACCUGACAGAAUCCUCAUCGCCCAAGGUCCAGUGCCAGGCAGCCUUGGCCCUCCGGAACCUUGCAUCGGACGAGAAAUAUCAGCUUGAGAUCGUCCAGGCCCACGGGCUUGGGCCACUGCUCCGCCUUCUCCGGUCUUCGUAUCUGCCGCUCAUCCUGUCUGCCGUCGCAUGCAUCCGCAAUAUCUCGAUCCACCCCCAGAACGAAUCCCCGAUCAUCGAGGCCGGCUUCCUCAAGCCGCUAGUCGACCUGCUCGGAUCGACGGAUAACGAGGAAAUCCAGUGCCAUGCCAUCUCGACGCUCCGCAACUUGGCAGCGAGCUCGGACCGGAACAAGUCGCUUGUCCUCGAGGCGGGCGCCGUCCAAAAGUGCAAGCAGCUCGUUCUGGAGGUCCCCGUCACAGUCCAGUCCGAGAUGACAGCUGCCAUUGCCGUCCUUGCGCUGAGCGACGAGCUCAAGACCCAUCUCCUAGAGCUUGGCGUCUUUGACGUUCUGAUCCCACUGACCAUGUCCCCUAGCGUUGAGGUGCAGGGGAACAGCGCCGCCGCGCUGGGCAAUCUCUCUUCCAAAGUGGGCGACUACAGCAUCUUUGUCCAGAACUGGAUGGAGCCCAGAGACGGCAUCCACGGCUAUCUCAACCGCUUCCUUGCGAGCGGAGAUGCCACCUUCCAGCACAUUGCCAUCUGGACGUUGCUCCAGCUGCUCGAGUCGGAGGACAAGAAGCUCAUCGGUCUCAUCGGGAAAUCAGAUGGCGUUGUUGACAUGAUUAAGCAGAUUGCCAACCGCCAGAUGAUGGAGUCGGACAACGAGGCUGAGGACGAUGAUGAGGGCGAGGUGGUGAACCUGGCUCAGCGGUGCCUGGAGCUGCUGGGUCAGGGUGCGUCGAAGAGCCACAUCGAGGGCUAAUAAUAACCCCCUGGUGUUGAUGGGGGCGCGGGGUCCGUCUGCCCUUAGACCCAUAUACCCAGAGGUUUCUCUUGUUUUCUGUUUUGUCCAUUGCGCAUAGGAACGGCGUGGAGUUGGCGGCGUCAGUAUUUCUACAUACAUGGGGCGGAAGUGGGGGACUCCGGGAGAUGUGUACACUGCAGAUGAGCAUUGGGAGGGAUGUUUGGGG